AUGGACGAUUUUCCAUGGGAUCAGGUGGAAUCAGGGGACCUGGGGAGUCUGCAGGUCGUUCUCUUCUCGAGUUCGACUGCUCGCAGAAUUCGCGCUCUCCAGGACCUCCGUGACAGAAUCGGAUCUAGCCUACAACCUCAAUCCUACCAGCCUCUAAUCGGCCUUCUCUUCAAGACUUACCCUCGCUACGUCGAUCGUCCCUCGCGGCAGGCCGUUCAGCAAUGUCUCCGCUCGCUUCUCAAGGCGCCCGUCCCGACCGACGAUCUGAAAUACCUCACCCAGAAGUUGCAGGUGGAGGCUGCUAAACCUGGCCUGGCGCCUGGUCCAGCCCUCGUUUUGUUGGAAUGGUGCUCCGUGGUGCUUCAGAUCCUGGGAGGUGACUCCGAAACCCCUCUUUCUGCCGUUCUGGACACCAUUGCGGUCGAUGCAAAGGCCCUAGAUAUCUGUCUGGCCUCCAACCCGAGACCCGCAGUGAAGGCUUCUGCCCUCCGUGUUACGAGACGUGCUCUACGCGCUGCAUUUUCCUCCACCGCUUGGGGUGAGGAUGCUGUUCGUGAAUCCGUCCGCCGGUUGACCAGCGACUCGACUACUGGCCAGAGGAACGCACCUUUCUUAGGGGUCAUCUCCGGCGUCUGCGCGCGUCUUCCCGCCAAGAAGCCAGUCUUAGAAGGGGAAAAGAAGGCAAUCAUUUCGUUCUACGUCAAGGAAUUGGCUGGUGCGAAAUCCGCGCCUCCCGCUCACAUCGCCGAUGCAUUGGGCGACUUUUUCGUCUCUUUCCUUAGCUACGAUGACCUCGCUACCGAGUUGAUCCCGCCCUUCGAAAAGGCCAUGUUGCGCUCUCCCGAGGUUGUUUUCAAUGGCUUGUUGCCUUCGCUGUGCGCCUCUUUGCCGGAGGAGAUUGAUAUGUCCGAGCUCUUGCAUUCGCGGCUGUUGAAGCACCUGUUAUCAAGCAUGAAGUCGAACAAUCCAGCCAUUAGACAGGGUGCUGUUCGCUCAUUCGAGUCCCUUCUCGCGAAAUCCAAGGACCAGGCCUUGCUCACCAAGAUCACGAGCGAAGUCGUCAACCCUCUGAAGACCCAGAAGAUCACCAAUCCGGAACAGCGUGCGGUGUACGCUCAAGCGGUCGCUGCGAUAUUGCCUUCGGCCGAUCUUUCUAAGGACGUGGUACAGGGCUUUGUUCCCGUUUUCAACAGGGAAUCCAAUGAGGCCGCUUUGGAACAGGAAAUCAAAUCAUUCUGUAAGCACCUGGCUUUCCUUGUCCAGUCUCAAGUGAAGGUCAGCGACGACGUCAUCAAUGCCAUUGUGAAAGGAUCUUCCGAUAAGCGUGUUCCGUUCAAAAAGCUCUGGCAGCUCAAUGUCGGAGAGGUUAUGUGGCAAGUCGAACCUGCGACUCUGGCAAGCACUGACGUCGAGCCCCUUGUGAACAAGUUCCUUAGCAAGAUGAAAGAGCUGUACAAUGAGGUUGCCGCCAACCCUCUUCCCUCUGCUCAGGGUGGCUCUCUGUCAACUGCCUAUGUGUAUCUCGCUCUUCUAGAUCGCUCUUCCUCGCUGCAGAGCUUUGACAAGUCUGCAUGGGAGGAAACCGUAGCCCAGUCAAUGGUGCUCAACCCGAAGCCGUCUUUCCUCCUCAACCCCAAGGCCUACUCAAAGUUGACCACCCAGACCGAGAUCCAGUGGGCCGUGCGCGCACUUGCUGCAGUCACUACCGGUUCGAAGUUCGGAAAGGCUGAGGACGCAGCCAAGACCGCCUGGGCCCAGGCAUUCAUCUAUAAUAUCGCCGCCCCUGGACUUCACACCAGUUUCCGGGAUGGAGCUGCUCGGACCUUGUCAGAAAUUCAUUUGAAGGAUGUGGCAGGUAUGGGCCGGACAGUCACAAGUGCUCUGUGGUCCUGGAUACUUUCCUUUAGAACUGGCGAGAAAGAAUCUGCCUCGGUCUCUGCAGGACCAGAAAGCGAAAGGUUCCUCCAUCUCGUUGUGAAGGCUCUGUGCCCUCCUGCUUCUAGUGUGCAGGAAGUAGACAACGUCACAGCUUCUCUGAAAGGCCAACUCGUUGAGUUGCUGGUCCUGUGUCGCCCCGAGCUUAUUCCCAGCACAUCUUGGAUUGCGUCUUGCUUGAGGACCGGCAUUGACCCCGGCAACCUUGUGCGCGAAUUCCCCGAAAAGUGUCUGGAGCAGCUGACUCGUCUGCAUGAGGACCCUGUUCAGUCGAAAAUCCCCCAAAUCGAUGCCGCAAUCUGGAGUGCUGCGGGUGAAUUGGCGUUCGUAGCACCUGAUGCUAUGGUUCCCCGACUGGUUGGCCAAAUCCAGGACGAUCUGGAUACUUCGCGCCUGUCCAAGUUCACGGCAACCGAUGUCGCUAUCGCCCGUACCCCGGAGGGAACCAUGUUCGUCGACGUGCUCAGCACGAAGUCCAAGCAGUCGAACUUUGAUAAGAACACUAAAGACUACGACAUCCUCAAGUGGGAGGAGGAGCUACGGUCACAAUUGGCUGAUAAGAAGGGCCAGAAGCAGAAGAAGCUUACUCCUGAAGAGCAAUCCAAGGUCAAGGCCCAGCUUGCCAAGGAGUCCAAGAUCCGCGAGGAAGUCCUCCAAGUGAUCAAGAAGAUCGAAAGGGGAUGUGGAAUCAUUCAAGGUCUCGCGGAUGGGCCCGCCAUCGACGCGGAUGGCUGGAUCAACCCCGCCGUGAGCUCCUUGCUCUCCCUGACCGAAGCCGGUGCAGGCUUGUACGCUGGUGAUGUUGUGUCCAAAGCGUACGUUAAGUGCGCUGAGAAGUUGUCCUCGCGUCUCGGGCCUUUGCGGCCUUUCGUGGGUAUUGCAACGCUUCGGGCUAUUGGCAAGAGUUACCUGCCUCCGCAGAUGGAAGCAGAGGCACUUGGACAGCUCGUUACGAGAAUCCUUUAUCGCUUGCGUUUUGCCUCCGAGCAACGUCCUUUCGAGAGCACGUCUCUGGCCUACGUUCUCCCCUUGCUCUUCUUGGUGCUCAGCAAGAACGGAAUCGAUGAACAGAGAGGUGAUGAAGAGGGCGAGCAAGUCCUCCUUGCCUUGGAAGUGUUGUCCUUCCAUUCGGGUUCUUUUGCCGACGAACGUCUUCCUCGUGUGGAAGUCCUGAAGAUUUUGCUUGCAUCGAUGCAGAAGUACACUCAACACUACAAGCUUAUCAAGGAUACUCUGUUCGAUGUUUGCAGGUGCAUCUCACCUAACAUCACCAAGGAUGAGCUUGACAUUCUCCUCAAGGGCACAAUUGUGACGGAUGUGUCUGUCCGUACCUCGGUGUUGCAGGUCAUCGAAGCUGAGAUCGACCUGACGGAUCUCGACUUCUCUGAACACAUCUGGCUGGAAUGCCAUGACCACGUGGAGGAGAAUGCUGAGAUCGCCGAGAAUAUCUGGGAAGAAAAUGCCCUGGAAGUCGACGACUCCUCUUAUGAGAAGAUCAUUCCCUAUCUCUCCUCAAAGGAUGCACAGCUUCGUGGUGCUGGCGCUCGCGCGUUGGCUCAUGCAAUUGCGGUGAACCCUUCGAUGUUUGACCGGAUCUUUUCCGAAUUGCAGUCCAAAUACACGAUUGAGAUUCAGCCUAAGGUGCCCGAAAAAGAUAGCUACGGUAUGCCGAAGAAGAUGGAUGUCACAGACCAUUGGGAGCUACGCAGUGGUAUCGCCCUCGCUUUUGGAGCUAUGACAAAUCUUUUUGAAGGCGAGCAGAUCGUCUCCUUCCUCCGGUUCUUGAUUGAAAGAGGUCCUCUUAUCGACAAGAGUUCCGCCGUCCGCGCACAGAUGGCCGAGAGCGGCAGAUCUGUCAUUGCUGCCCGUGGGCAACAGAAGGUCGAGGAAUUAAUGAAGCUCUUGGAGACAACCUUGGAGACCUCCGACAAAGGAAGUGAGACGUCUGAUCUUCUUAACGAGGCCGUUGUUGUUUUGUAUGGUUCCCUGGCCCAGCAUCUCAAAGCGGACGAUACGCGUCUGCAGACAGUCAUCAAGAGGCUGCUGGACACUCUUCCUACUCCUUCGGAGAGUGUGCAGUCUGCCGUUUCGGGAUGUCUGCCGCCUCUGAUCCGCCUUUCGCGCCCUCAGAGUGGUGAGUACGUCCAAGAAAUGCUGGAUCAGCUGCUGCAGUCCAAGAAAUAUGCUACACAGCGUGGCGCGGCUUAUGGACUUGCUGGUAUCGUCAGUGGUAGGGGUAUUGUCACCCUUCGAGAAUUCCAAGUCAUGUCGCAUCUGCGUGAUGCCACUGAGAACAAGAAGGAACCUCAUCAGAGACAAGGUGCUCUGUUGGCAUAUGAGCUGUUUGCCGCCAUUCUUGGACGGACCUUCGAGCCCUAUGUCAUCCAGAUUGUUCCCCAGCUUCUGGCUGGUUUCGGUGAUGUCAACCCCGACGUCCGUGCUGCCUGCCUUGAUGCAGCAAAGGCUUGCUUCUCGAACCUUAGCUCGUAUGGUGUCAAGCAAAUUCUUCCCACCCUUCUCGAUGGUCUUGAUGACACACAAUGGCGCAGUCAGAAGGGAGCCUGUGAUCUCUUGGGAGCGAUGGCCUACCUCGAUCCCCAGCAACUCGCGGCAAGCCUUCCGGACAUUAUCCCUCCGCUCACUGUGGUCCUCAAUGAUACCCACAAGGAAGUGCGCAAUGCUGCAAACCGCAGUCUUCAGCGUUUCGGCGAAGUCAUCAGCAACCCCGAAGUCAAGAGCUUGGUUAAUGUACUUCUGAAGGCACUCAGCGACCCCACCAAGUACACCGAUGAGGCCCUGGAUUCCCUCAUCAAGGUGUCCUUCGUCCACUAUCUGGAUGCGCCGUCCUUGGCUCUUGUUGUUCGCAUUCUCGAACGUGGUCUUGGCGACAGGUCGAACACGAAACGUAAAUCUGCUCAGAUCAUUGGCAGUUUGGCUCACCUUACAGAGCGCAAGGACCUGACAGCCCAUCUGCCAAUCAUUGUUUCGGGCUUGCAGCUUGCUAUCGUCGACCCUGUGCCGACUACUCGUGCGACCGCUUCCAAGGCUCUCGGUUCCCUUAUCGAAAAGCUUGGAGAGGACGCUCUUCCCGACCUCAUUCCCAACCUCAUGUCUACGCUCAAGUCGGAUACCGGAGCCGGCGACAGACUGGGAUCUGCUCAAGCUCUUUCAGAGGUUCUGGCAGGUCUGGGUACAACCAGACUCGAGGAGACGCUGCCUACUAUUCUACAGAAUGUGUCCAGUUCCAAGGCUUCUGUUCGCGAGGGUUUCAUGACGCUCUUUAUCUUCCUUCCCGCCUGCUUCGGAAACAGCUUCGCCGCCUAUCUCAGCAAAAUCAUUCCUCCUAUCCUUGCCGGUUUGGCUGACGAUGUCGAAUCUAUUCGUGAGACUUCUCUCAAGGCAGGUCGCUUGCUCGUCAAGAACUUCUCAUCGAAGGCCAUUGAUCUCCUUCUGCCAGAGCUUGAGCGCGGUCUUGCGGAUGACAGUUACCGCAUCAGAUUGAGCUCCGUCGAGCUGGUUGGUGAUCUUCUCUUCAGUCUCACUGGUAUCACAGCCAAGGCCGAUGCCGAGGAGGAAGAGGAAGAAGCGGCUCAAGCUGGACAGUCGCUGCUGGAGGUUCUCGGAGAGGAGAGGAGGGACAAGGUCUUGUCGGCACUGUUUAUCUGCCGCUGCGAUACUUCGGGUAUGGUCAAGAGCGCUGCUAUGGCCGUCUGGAAGUCACUUGUUGCUUCUCCUAAGACGCUCAAGGACAUGGUUCCCACUCUGUCUCAGCUCAUUAUUCGCCGUCUCGGUUCCUCCAACAUGGAGCAUAAGGUCAUUGCUAGCAACGCGCUUGGUGACCUUAUCAAGAAGGCUGGCGAGUCGGUUCUCUCUGCUCUGCUUCCCUCUCUCGAAGAAGGUCUCCAGACUUCGCCCGACGUGGAUGUCAAGCAAGGUAUUUGCAUUGCUUUGAGAGAACUCAUUACUUCCGCCUCCGCCGAGGCCCUCGAGGAUUACGAGAAGGUUCUUAUCUCGACAGUUCGGGUGGCGCUCGUUGAUAAUGACGAAGAUGUCCGCGAGGCUGCAGCCGAGGCUUUCGACGCCCUGCAGCAGAUCCUGGGCAAGAAGGCAGUGGACCAGGUCCUGCCUCAUCUCUUGCUUCUUCUGAGAAACAACGAGGAUGCAGAGCAGGCGUUGUCCGCACUUUUGACCCUCCUCACGGAGCAGACCCGCGCGAAUAUCAUCCUCCCCAACCUUAUCCCGACCCUCCUCACCUCUCCCAUUUCCACAUUCAACGCGAAGGCUCUUGCUUCCCUGGCCGAAGUCGCCGGCUCUGCCAUGACCCGCAAGCUGCCUACCAUCCUCAACUCCUUGAUGGACGAGAUUGUGUCCACUGAGGACGAGGCUCACCGCGAAGAACUGAGCAAUGCCUUUGACACGAUCCUGGUUUCGGUGGACGAGUACGAUGGCUUGAAUGUCAUGAUGAACGUCAUGAUUACUCUGAUGAAGCAUGAUGACCAUCACCGCCGUGCUACCGCGGCCAUUCAUCUCGACAAGUUCUUCUCGAAUGCAGAGAUCGAUUACUCCAGGUACCACCAGGAUCUGAUCCGUGUCCUGCUCAUCUCCUUCGAUGACAGCGACAAGGAUGUCGUCAAGGCCGCGUGGACGGCGCUCAGUGGACUCACGAAACAUUUGCGCAAAGAAGAAAUGGAAGUCCUUACCAUUUCCACUCGUCAGACCUUGCGGAGUGUCGGGGUUCCGGGUGCCAGCCUUCCUGGCUUCAGCCUGCCCAAGGGUAUCACAGCCAUUCUGCCUAUCUUCUUGCAAGGUCUUCUGAACGGCAGCGUCGAGCAGCGUACGCAGGCAGCUCUCGCCAUCGGCGACAUCAUCGAUCGCACUGGCGCAGACUCUCUGAAGCUGUUCGUGACCCAGAUCACUGGUCCCCUCAUUCGUGUUGUGUCCGAGCGAUCGGUGGAGAUUAAAUGCGCUAUCUUCUUCACCCUCAACAAGCUUCUGGAGAAGAUUCCCCUCGCUGUCAAGCCCUUCUUGCCCCAGCUUCAGCGGACCUUCGCACGUGGUUUGGCUGAUGCAUCCAGCGAGACUCUGCGUAACAGGGCCGCCAAGGGUCUUGGUAUCCUGAUCACCCUGACACCCCGUGUGGACCCUCUCAUUGCAGAGCUUAUCACGGGUACCAAGACGGAAGAUGUCGGUGUGAGAAACGCGAUGAUGAAGGCUCUUCAAGAGGUGGUAGGCAAGGCCGGCGCCAACAUGAGCGAGGCAUCGAAGAACGCCAUUCUCGCUCUUAUUGACGACGAUGCCAGUGAUCAAACUGAUGCUGUCGCUAUUACGAAUGCGAAGUUGCUCGGUGCACUAGUGAAGGUCCUCCCGGCCGCCACUGCUGGCCCACUGAUCAAGAACCGGGUCCUCGCUGCCACACCUUCCCACGCAUCGAUUCUGGGUCUCAAUGCCCUGUUGGUUGAGGCUCCGUCGUCCUUGACGGAGCACUUCUCCGCGGAGACUCAGGCUAUGAUCUGCCAGGGUGUCACGAACAAGGAUCCCUUCAUUUCCGACAACAGCGUCCUCGCUGCCGGAAAGUACCUCCUGAUCGAGGAUGAAAACCGCAACUUCGAAGACAACAAGGCCAUUUUCGAGGCCUUGGCGCCUUGCAUUCAGCCCGGUACGCCGUCUGAUACGCGGCGGUUGUCCCUGGUGGUGAUGCGCACGGUCAGCCGGCUUCACCCCGAGCUGACUCGGCCUCACCUAGCCCUCUUGGCGCCACCAAUCUUCGCCAGCGUUCGCGACGUGGUCAUUCCUGUCAAGCUGGCGGCUGAGGCAGCAUUCCUGGCGAUCUUCUCUGUGGAGGAAUCCGAAGGUGCAGUGUUCGAUAAGUACAUGGCCGGACCCGGAGCUUCGCUGCCACCGGGACCCAAGCGGAGCAUGUCGGACUACUUCAAGCGUGUCGCGCUCCGUCUUGCCGCCCAGGCCCGCGAGCGCAAGGAAGCGGAAGCCGCCGUAUCUCAAACUCCUCGCCCUGGGAAUUCUACCCGUCGACGAGUGCAACGAACAUCAUCCGCCAACGACCGUCGAUACGCCGACAUCAAGAUGGUCAACCUUCGCACCCAGAAGCGCCUCGCCGCCUCCGUGGUGGGCUGCGGCAAGCGCAAGAUUUGGCUCGACCCCAAUGAGAUGAAUGAGAUCUCCAACGCCAACUCCCGCCAGACCAUCCGCAAGCUCGUCAGCGAUGGCCUCAUCAUCCGCAAGCCCGUCACCAUGCACUCCCGCUCCCGUGCCCGUGAGCUCGCCGCCGCCCGCCGCAUCGGCCGUCACCGUGGUCUCGGUAAGCGCAAGGGUACCAAGGAGGCUCGUAUGCCCAGCCAGAUCCUCUGGAUGCGCCGCAUGCGUAUUCUCCGUCGCCUGCUCGUCCGCUACCGUGCCUCCGGCAAGAUCGACAAGCACCUGUACCACGAGCUCUACCACCUGAGCAAGGGUAACACCUUCAAGCACAAGCGUUCCCUCAUCGAGCACAUCCAGAAGGCCAAGGCUGAGCGUCACCGUGAGCGCGUCCUCAAGGAGGAGAUGGAUGCUAAGCGUGCCAAGAACAAGGCUCUCCGUGAGAGACGUCUGGAGCGCAAGGAGGCCAAGCAGAACGCCCUCGUUGCUGAGGCUCAGGAGUAA